AGGUUGUUGAGCAAGCGCAAGUUGCAGGAAUUGGUUAGGCAGAUCUAUCCCGACGAGCGUCUCGAACCGGAAGUUGAGGACUUGCUCUUGGAGGUCGCGGAUGAGUUUGUUGAGUCAGUCGCUGGAUUUGCGUGUCGCUUGGCUAAGCACCGCAAGUCGGACACGUUGGAUGUAAAGGAUGUCCAGUUUCACUUGGAGAAGAACUACAAUAUUCGCGUGCCUGGGUUCGCCAUGGAUGAGAUUAGGAGUAUUCGGAAGAACCAGCCUACGCCUGGCUAUCAGCAAAAGGCGAGC